GAGGCCUCCUCUCCUUCUCCUCCUCCUCCUCCCCCUCUCCCUACUCUCUAUUACGGUGGAUGCGGAUGCGGCGCUAGGGCAACCCGUGGUGGUGAGCACGUGGGCGUUCCGGGAGGCGGCGAGGGCGGCGUGGCGCGCCGUGGACGGCGGCGGGUCGUCGGCGGUGGACGCCGUGGUCGCCGGAUGCUCCGCCUGCGAGGAGCUCCGCUGUGACGGCACAGUUGGUCCAGGUGGUAGUCCAGAUGAGAAUGGAGAAACUACAUUGGAUGCUCUUAUUAUGGAUGGGACAACGAUGGAGGUUGGAGCUGUGGCCGGCAUGAGAUAUGUUAAGGAUGGAAUUAAGGCUGCUAAGCUGGUUAUGGAUUACACGAAACACACUCUGCUUGUUGGAGAGAAGGCUUCUCUUUUUGCUAUUUCAAUGGGCCUUCCUGGACCAACUAAUCUUAGUUCGCCAGAGUCCGUCGAGAAAUGGAAUAACUGGAAAGAGAAUAAUUGUCAGCCUAAUUUCCGGAAAAAUGUCAUCAAUGGAAAUAGCUGUGGGCCUUUUCAUCCUGAAUUUGAGAACUCUUGUGAUCAUGGUGAAGAGAGAGGAAGCAAUAUUUUAAGAGUAAAGUUAAAUUCUGAUGUUAUUGGUCGUCACAACCAUGACACUAUCUCCAUGGCCGUGAUUGAUAAAAUGGGGCAUAUAGCAGUUGGGACAUCAACUAAUGGUGCUACAUUUAAAGUUCCUGGCAGGGUUGGUGAUGGACCUAUAGCUGGGUCUUCAGCAUAUGCUGAUGAUGAGGUUGGCGCCUGUGGUGCAACUGGAGAUGGCGAUAUCAUGAUGCGUUUCCUUCCCUGCUACCAAGUCGUGGAGAGUAUGCGACGAGGGAUGGAGCCGAAGCAAGCUGCUGCUGAUGCUGUCUCCAGAAUUGCCCGGAAGCAUCCGGACUUUGUCGGGGCUGUUUUCGCUAUAAAUACAAAGGGCGAGCAUGCAGGAGCUUGCCAUAAUUGGACUUUUCAGUACUCCGUCAGGAACGCCAACAUGGAUGAUGUGGAAGUUUUUACAGUAGAGCCUUGAAAAACACUUACAAUUUCAAAAGUCGCAGCUUAACCUUUUUAAGUUGGCUCCUCCCCCAAGUAUACUCCCUGUUGAUGUUGCAAGUUAAUGCAUUUACCCCUGGACGUUCUCAGACCUACAAUUGAUCCCAUCCAACUACAAAGAAAUAAUGGAUUUGGCGAAAGUGAUGAAAUGUGGUAGUUUAAGGGAAUAAAAUGUUAGAUUCAAUAUCUCACGGGGACAAAGUGAAAAUCAUGAAAUUUAUCGGGAGUUUUCUGCAAUUUAUUUGUUGGUGCUGAUGCCUUUUGUACUGUCUCAUGACUAGUUUGCAAUUCAGUGAAGAUGCAUUGUAUGAUAAAUACCAUGGGAUUGCAGAAACUAGUGCUUUUGAUGUUCAUCAAAUUGAGUUUUAAGCUCUUUGUUUAUGAUAA